GUCUAAAGAGGGGUUAUAUAUACGAAAUCGACGCUACAUUGGCCGUGGUAGACUUGACGAAUAUGGUCGAUCAUGGUCCGUACACUCUGGGCACCCAUUGUAUCCCGAUGGGGUUUUGGAGGGUUCAUCCCAAUGUUGCGUUCGAUUGGCCAGG